CUUCGCUACUGCCGACCCCUUUAUCUUGCUUUGACACAUCAUGGGAGCCGACAAGAAGCGAAAGCGCUCCAAGGAGGAAGGGAUGGACAGGAAACUAGCAACCAAGACUAAGGGCAACAUCAUCAGUGACGAGGUAAAUGAGGCCAGCCACAGACAGAACUUGGACCGACCCAGCAAGAAGACCAAGAACGACAAGAAGGACAAGGACGAUAUGAACCAGAGCGACAGGAAGCAUUUAAAGAAAAAGACGGCCAAGAAAGAGAAGAAUGACAAAAAGGACAAGAAAAUGCUCAAGGAAAAGAAGGAUAAAAAGGAAAAGAGGCAAAAGAAAGACCGAUCAGGAACAUCAUCGUCAGCAUCCGACAAUGAUAUUCCGAGCCCUAACUCAAGCGCCACCUCAAGCCCAUGUGCAGAUUCGAACGACAUGGAUGCGGACAUCAUGCCUGCGAUUACUACAGCAGCGCAGGCUCUUACCAAGGCCAUUGUUGAGGUUAUGGUGCAGGAAAAGAAGACGCUGGAUCAUGAGAGGGAUGUCAAAAGCUAUAAGAAGGAGAAGACAGAGAAGCAGGUCAAGGUUGUGGAAUCAAAGACGAUCAGUACGACAACAGUUAUAUCAAGUGUGGUGGCAAGGACGGCAGUCAGCGCCAAUUUCGGUGAUUUGGACAACUCUAACAGGUCCAAUGCGACCCACGUCGCGCCUGCAGUCGAUGCCAACGGACUGACGAAGAAGGAGCGCAAGAUGCUAAAGACUAAGCAAAAGCAGCUUAAAAGGAAGAGCGAAGGUGAUGGAGAACCAGCGUUCACGAUCAAGGAUGGUCACGACUUGCUCACUCUGAAGGACCUUCGCGACCUCGUAGUCUUUGUCCUGACUGAGACGCCCUCAUUACCUUGGAUUGAGGUCCGGAAUAAGUUUAGGAUUGACAAGGUCCUUUUGCUCUACAUCUCUGGUCUCGAUCCAACUCUGUUCCAUGUCAACCUCAAGUCGCCCGAUGCACACAGGCCCAUUGCAUGGAUCGACCGCGUCGAGAAGUACGGAGGACCUGUUUCAGAAUUCCAGUACUUGAAAGAGCAUUUUGAGAAGGCGAAUGUUGUCACGGCGACGGGUGAUAAGCAUAGGAUUUUUUCUCCGACCAACACGUUGCUGAACGUGCCAUUGAGUAACUCGGAGAAGAUCAAGCGUGAGAACGAGAAGAAGAAAAUAGAUCAAAAGACAAACAAGAAGAUGAAGCCAGAAAACUAUAUAAUGUCCCUAGAUGAGUUGCGCGAAAGCAAUUUCCCUAUACCUCGUUAUCUGGACUCAGACUCUCCUGAGUUGGCAGAGGGCUGGAUUGAGACACCAAAGCUGAAGAAGACAACACUGACGCCUCCUCCCAAGACCAUGAUCGCCAUGGAUUGUGAGAUGUGUAGGACAGAGGACGGUCCAGAAUUGACGCGAGUGACCUUGAUUGACCAUAAUGGAAAGCCCAUAUUCGAUGAACUUGUGAUGCCCAAGAAACCCAUUCUGGAUUACCUGACGCAGUACUCUGGCAUGACAGCUUCGCGUCUUGAAGGCGUCACUACCCGGCUGGCUGAUGUUCAGAAGAUACUGAAAAAGAUCAUCGAUUAUAACACCAUCCUUGUUGGGCACUCUCUUGAAAACGAUAUGAAAGUCCUAAAGCUUGCCCAUCCGUUCAUCAUCGAUACGAGUCUGGUGUUCCACCACACACGCGGCCCACCAUAUCGUCCCGGUCUGAAAUGGCUCGCCCAGAAAUGGCUCCAACGUCAGAUCCAGGCCAAUAUUGAACGUGGACACGACUCUGCGGAGGAUGCCCUCGCGUGUAUGGAUCUCAUCAAGUUGAAACUAACCAAGCCUCCAGGAUUUGGUGAAUAUGUCCAGGACCAGGAAUCACUCUUUUCAAGGCUUCAUCGGUUCAACAGCCCCAGGACCUCAGCUCUCAUUGACUCUGAUUCGUUUGCGGGUCAGAACGCUACGACGACUAUCCGGACUAAAAGUGAUCAAGACGUGGUAGAGGCUUUGCCGGAGGCGAUCCAGAAGCACCAUUUUGUAUGGGCACGUCUCCGAGAUAUUGAAAUCAACCAUGGCAAGGCGCCUGAACAGUCCCUGAGUGAGGGUCAGUUUGCCGACACGGGCCGUGCGUCGAAGAUCAGUAGUGCAGAUAAGAUCCAGGCUUCUGAGGAAGAGGUCCGAUCGGGCAUCCGAUCGAUUGACGAGAGCUUAAAGCGGAUUAUUAAUUGUUUGCCGCCGAGAACUGCGGUGAUUAUGGUGAGCGGACAGGGGGACCAUCGGGAGGUGUCGAGGAUGCAGCAGCGGCAGAAGCAUUUUAUGGAGUUGUGUAAGAAGAAGAGCCUGGAUGAGAUUCCGGAGGAGGAGAGGUUUUUGGAAGCGGAUGAGAAGAAGCUGGAGGAGGCGGUGGAGGUAGCGAAGAGCGGGAUUUGCUUUUUGACAAUUACGCGAUAGGUACUGAAGGCAAACACGAAGAUGAGAAGGCGCCGUCCUUUUUUUUUUUUUUUUUU